AUGAGUGAAAAAUCGUCGGAAAACGGGCCUGAAAACCCGGAUGGAAAAACGCCUGCAACGCUUCCCCAAGGUGACGUCGUUCAACAGAAAGAUGCGCGCGCACCGACCAGAAACGAACCCAAGCCGAAGUCGCCCGAAUGCGAAAUACCCACCAAGAAGAGAAAAACGAGACGCGGAAAAUCCAAAAGGAGGUACCCGUACCAGAAGAACGGGCGCAAGUCCGCGAAAGUGAUAAAACCAGAAGCCCCCUACAACAGCAACCAGUUCCUGUUGGAGGACCACGGCAACAUCGAGGAGCUGGACGAGAAUUUGAAGAACGCCGACCAACACUCGACAACAUCCCGAACACGGGACUCCAGCUUCAGCGUGGACUCAGAAGGCGAGUUCUACUCGUCUCCGGACGACGAGGAGCAGUUCCUGAUCAAGGACUUUGUCGAUCAGUACGAGAGCGUCCAGGCGGAAAGACUGCAAUCAAUGUCGAAAGACGAACUCAUCCAGGAGUACCUCAUGCUCGAGAGCAAACUGGAGCUGCUGACGAAGCGGCAACGCAAAAGAGAGGUCACCUCCACCAGCUCGUCGGUGGAGCUCCAGAGCGAAGUUGAAAGACUGACGAUCGAAAACGAAGCUUUAAAACGCGAAAACGCCGCGUUGCGUAGUAAGACUUGCAGUUCGGAUUCGGAAGAUUCCGAGACGGAUUCGAACGACUCGUGCUCGAGCACGAGCAGUAGUAGUAGCAGCUGUUGCUCGGCCGAGGCGCCGCCGAGUCCCGUGCUCGACUACUCGCAGACUAAUGGCCAUUCAGCGAGCGUUGAAACCGUCUGAAGUGGGCUUUCAUUUUUGAGUUUUGAGAGUUUUAAUACCAGUGUUGUUUCAUUCCUAAAUUUUAAAGGGCUGUUCUCGAUUCCAGUUUUGUUUUCGUUAGGUGUAGAGACAGUAAGUGUAAAGUGCUUCGAGCAGGUUUUUCGUUUCGUUUUUCGAUUAUUUAUGGACAUGCAUCGCAUCACAAUAGACACUCUUAUACAUUGUCCUCCAUAGUUACUUAGUCGGUUUUUUCUUUCAAAUGUUAUUAGUUCCACAGGUUCGGCCAUUUUUUUGUAUUAUAUCAUUAUUUAUAAAAGAUGUACGUUUUUAUAUUGAAAUUUGUAGAUAAGAAAUCUAGAUUUAAAUUAUUGCAUAAAUAAUAAGUUAAAAUGACGCUUA